AUGGUAGACAUCGAGGAUUUAGCAUCGGGUAACCACCCUUUUGACGAGGACAGGCGAACCGGAUUAGGUCGUAUACAUAGCGGCAAAAGCGCCGUAAACGGCUUAAAUGGAGAGAUCUCAACCGUUGAUUCCCAAGCACCCCUUCCUGAAGUAGGAGGCGGUCGGCCUGCUGUUAGGCGACGGCCGAAGAAGUCAUCCGCAGUUCGCAUUGACGGUAACGGUAACGACAACGGUAACGGUGUCACUGAAAUUGGGCUGACGCAGGCAGGCGAGGUUGUGGACAGCGAAUUGAGGGUUUCGAAGUCAGAAGCUGGCAGCGAAACUGCUCGUAUCGGGGAUGCAGCAGCGAAUGCGCAUGCCGAGCAUGGUGAUGGGAUCCAUCGCGAGGAGGAGGGUGCACCAGCUUCUGUUCCUGGAACGCAGAGCGACAGUGAGUACAUGGCUGGACAAUUGGCGGCGUUUGGGUACAACCUGGUGGAGGUGCCAUCUGAGGCGGACCUGUGGAUCAUCAACACGUGCACGGUGAAGAACCCAUCACAGUCAGCCAUGGAUACGCUCAUCCGCAAGGGCAGGGAGCUGAGCAAACGACUCGUGCUUGCAGGCUGUGUGCCCCAGGGCGACAGUGGGGUGGCGGAGGGAGAGGGCGUGAGUGUGGUGGGGGUGCAGCAGAUUGACCGAGUGGUGGAGGUGGUGGAGGAGACGCUCAAGGGCAACACCGUCCGCCUGCUCUUCCGCAAUCGGGCACUACCCGCACUCGACCUGCCCAAGGUGCGGCGCAACAAGUGGGUGGAGAUCGUGCCCAUCAGUGUGGGCUGCCUGGGUGCGUGCACCUACUGCAAGACGAAACACGCCAGAGGCCAUCUCGGCUCCUACCCUCCGCCCGUGCUGGUAAGUGCAUGUCCUCCCUCCUGCACUCUUGAGUCUGUUUCUCAGGCGACUCAAUAUAACAAGUGUGGGCUGCCUGGGGUGCGGGCAGCAGUAGCAGAGGGCGUGCAGGAGAUCUGGCUGAGCAGCGAGGACACCGGUGCCUAUGGCCCGACCUGCCGUCCCUCCUCUCCGCCCUCAUUGACACUCUUUCCCCCCUCCCCUCUCCCGCCUGAGGGCCGCUUCAUGCCCCCUCCAGGUGGACAGGGUGCGGGCAGCAGUAGCAGAGGGCGUGCGGGAGAUCUGGCUGAGCAGCGAGGACACCGGUGCCUAUGGCCGGCCGCUUCAUGCCCCCUCCAGGUUGACAGGGUGCGGGCAGCAGUAGCAGAGGGCGUGCGGGAGAUCUGGCUGAGCAGCGAGGACACGGGUGCCUAUGGCCGUGACAUCGGCAGCGACCUGCCCUCCCUCCUCUCCGCCCUCGUUGCUUCCCUCCCCCCUGACGGGCGCUGCAUGCUGCGAGUCGGCAUGACCAACCCGCCCUACAUUCUCGAACACCUGCCCGAAAUCGCGAAAAUCCUCAACCACGCCUGCGUGUACAAGUUUCUGCACCUGCCCGUGCAGUCGGGCAGCAACAGCGUACUGGAGGGCAUGAGGAGGGAGUAUACAGUGGAGGAGUUUUGCCGAGUGGUGGACACACUUACGGGGCUGGUUCCUGGCCUGGAGAUUACCACUGACAUCAUCUGUGGCUUCCCAGGCGAGACAGCAGCUGACUUUGAGCAGACCAUGGACCUGAUUCGAAAGUACAAGUUCGCUCAAGUGCACAUCUCCCAGUUCUACCCGCGCCCAGGCACGCCAGCAGCGCGCAUGCCCAAGGUGCCAUCAGGGGAGGUGAAGCAGCGCAGCAGAGCACUCACCGCCCUCAUAGAGUCCUUCACGCCCUACACGAACCUUCUUGGAACCACCCAGAGGGUCUGGAUCACCGAUGUUGCCGCAGACAAGACAAAGCUUGUCGGCCACACGGAUAGCUACGUGCAGGUGCUAGUACCCCCUGAUGACGUGGCGUUGGAUAAGCUGCCAGGUGGCAGGCCACCAGAUGACACGUCAGCAGUCAAUUUGUCUUCUUGUGACGACGUGGAGCAACAUGAGAAAGCCCUGGGGCAAAUGACAGAAGCCAAUGGGCCGGCGGCAAAAGCGAGUGAGCCGACCAGUGGUGGCAAGAGUGCGCUUUUAGGGUCGGACUUGUUUGUCCGCAUCUCGACAGUCGGGCGGUGGUCUGUGAUCGGUGUGCCGGUGUCUGCGCCACAGAAAUACCUGCCUAUUGCUGUGGGGAGCUCAGACAUCCCUAACAAGGCCCAGCAGGGUAAGGAGAAGCAGCAGGUCGAGACUAAGUUGUCGCCAUUGUCACCAUUGCUGCAGGAGCAGCAGCAGGAGUGUCAGCAACCAGGAAUGGGUGGAGCUUCAGAUGGGUGCUGUGGUGGAGGGAGUGGGGGAGCUUGUGCUUGUUCUGGUGAUACUCCUGCUGCUGCUUCUGCAGAAGAGGACAAGUGCUGCAACACGGGAAGCUCGUCUUGCAGUGGUGUUUUGGCAGCAGCUGGGGACCCGGCGGGAACUCUUCUGUCACGUCCUGCCGCCGUACUAUCCCAACCGUCACCCCUCGUUUUUCAAGACGCAGAUCGUCUCCCAAUCCUUGAGCUCCCUCCCCCAGCCCCAGUUCCGCCUGUUUUCCCCCGAACCCCGCUUCCGCGUGUUCUCCCCCAACCCCGCGUCCGCCUGUUUUCCCCGCCGUCCGCCGCCAUGUCGUCGCUCCCGCAAGGGCUACUCCCGUCCGAGGACGAUCUCCUUUACGAGGAGGAGAUUCUUAGAAACCCUUUUUCUCUUAAACUCUGGUGGCGGUACCUCGCGGCGCGGCGCGAUUCACCCGCGCGGAAGCGGUACUUGAUAUACGAGCGCGCGUUAGUAGCCCUCCCAGGAUCGUACAAGCUAUGGGCAGCGUACCUUAAGGAGCGCCGCGCGGCGGUUCGCGGGCUUCCCGCGAAUCACGCUGCGCACGCGGCUCUGAACAACGCGUUCGAGCGCGCGUUGGUCACUAUGCACCGCAUGCCGCGCAUCUGGCUCGAGUACCUAUCCGCGUUGGUAGACGAUCAGAAGCUAGUAACACGCGCGCGUCGCACGUUCGAUCGCGCGCUUCGGUCCCUGCCCGCGACGCAACACGACAGGCUCUGGGAUCCAUAUCUUAGAUUCGUCCGCCAGCCUGGCAUUCCCAUCGAGACCGCGCGCCGGGUUUUCCGCCGGUUUUUGCGGUUCGAUCCGUUGCGGGUGGAGGAGUACGUGGAGUUCUUAGUCGAAGCGCAGGAAUGGCGCGAAGCGGCGGAGCGGCUCGCGUCGGCUCUAAACGACGAGAAAUUCGUGUCGGUGCGCGGGAGAACGCGGCACCAGCUAUGGCUGCAGCUGUGCGAUCUGCUGACGCGACACGCGGAGGUGAUGCACGGGGACGCGGGAGGCGCGGGGGGAGGCGGAGCAGUCGGAAGCGGAAGCGGAACCCUAAAAGUGGACGCGAUUCUGCGGAGCGGAAUCCGGCGGUUUUCGCACGAAGUAGGGCGAUUAUGGACGUCCUUAGCGGAUUAUUACAUCCGGCGAGGGCUGUUCGAGCGCGCUAGAGACGUGUACGAGGACGGAUUAACUAGCGUGAUGACGGUGCGCGAUUUCAGCGUGGUGUUUGACGCUUUAGCGCAAUUCGAGGAGAGUAUGCUGGCCGCUAAACUAGAGCUCACUGCUGGAGAGGAGGAGGAGGAGGAGGAGGAGGCAGAGGGGGAAGGGGAAGAAGACGACGAGGAGGAGGAAAAGGAGUGGUGGGAAGAGGAAGAGGAGGGAUUGGGGGAAGGGGAAGAAGCUGGGGAAGCGGGGGCAGGAGCAGAGGAAGGGGCGAGGAGAGAGGAGGACGGGCAGGAGCAGCAGCAGGCAGAGGGUCAAGCAGACAAGGAGGGGCAGCUCAAGGGAAAAAAGCUGACAAAACAGCAACUGCUGAAGCUGCAGCAAGUCCAUCAACAACAGCAGCAGCAGCAGCAGCAGCAGCAGCAGCAGCAGCAGCAGCAGCAGCAGAAGGAACAAGACGGGCUGAAGGCAAACGCGGCUAAGAAGCAGCAGAAGAAGAAGCCGUUAGACUGGAUGUUCCGGACAUCAGACGCGGAUCUGCGCUUGGCGCGCUUAGAAGCCCUCAUGGACCGCCGCCCAGAGCUAGUUUCCGCCGUCCUGCUCCGCCAGAACCCCCACAACGUGCACGAGUGGCAUAAGCGCGCCAAGCUCUUCCAGGACAAUCCUGAGCGUCAGAUCUUGACCUACACCGAGGCUGUGAAGACCGUUGAUCCGUUUCAGGCGGUGGGGAAACCGCAUACGCUCUGGGUGGCGUUUGCGAAGCUGUAUGAGAAGCAUGGGGAUCUGGGGAAUGCGCGGCGGGUGCUGGAACGGGCGGUUCAGGCGCGGUUGAAAGCGGUGGAGGACGUUGCGGCGGUGUGGUGUGAGUGGGCGGAGAUGGAGGUGCGGCAUCACAACUUCCACGGGGCGAGGGAGCUGCUGAGGCGAGCAACGCUGCAGCCGUCAGUGGCUGUGCUGCGCCAAGCGGCAGCGGAAGGCGACGAGCGACCGCAGCUGAAGGUGUAUCGCAACCUCAAGGUGUGGACGCUGUACGUGGACCUGGAGGAGAGCCUGGGCACACUGGAGUCGACAAGGGCGGUGUACGAUCGCAUCAUCGACCUCAAGAUCGCCACGCCUCAGAUCAUCAUCAACUACGCCCUCAUGCUCGAGGAGCACAAGUAUUUCGAGGACAGCUUCAAGGUGUACGAGCGCGGGGUGAACAUAUUCAAGUACCCGCACGUGCGCGACAUCUGGACCACCUACCUCUCCAAGUUCGUGCAGCGCUACGGCGGCAAGAAGCUGGAGCGGGCGCGCGAUCUCUUUGAGCAGGCGCUUGAGAGUGCCCCAGCAACAGAUUGCAAGCCACUCUACUUGGCCUAUGCAAAAUUAGAGGAAGAAUACGGGCUGGCACGGCAUGCCAUGGCCGUGUAUGAGCGCGCAGCACAGGCAGUGCCGGAGGAGCAGAGGAUGGGCGUGUACGAGCUCUUUAUUGCACGCGCGGCUGAGCUGUUUGGGGUGGCCAAGACACGGGAUAUCUACGAGAGAGCCAUCGAGUCUGGGCUACCAGACGCGGAUGUGAAGCGCAUGUGCCUGCGGUACGCUGCACUGGAGAGGCGGCUGGGGGAGAUUGACCGCGCGCGAGCCAUCUUCGUGCACGCCAGCCAGCUUGCGGACCCGCGGUCUGACGGGGAGUUCUGGGAGGCGUGGAACGCGUUUGAGAUUGCCCAUGGCAAUGAGGACACGUUCCGUGAUAUGCUGCGAAUCAAGCGCUCUGUGUCUGCAAGUUACAGCCAGAUGCACUUUAUUCUGCCCGAGUACCUCAUGAAGUCAACCCCCUCCGUGCCGCGGGAAGGUGAUACUGGCCGGGGCAGGGAAGGCGCACCUGGGGAAGGCUUACUUGACGCCCCAGGUGCUGCUGGUGGUGGUGGGGGAAUGGAUAGCAUGGCAGCUCUAGAACAGGCGGCUGCUGGGAAAGCUGCAGCAGGAGGGGCAGGGGACGGGACGGCGAAACCGCGCGUGCCCAUGUUUGUGAGUGGGGGGACAGUUCAAGAGCAGGAGACAGGAGCAGGGGUGAAAUCCCAACAGGCAAACCCGGAGGAGAUUGAAUUGGCUGAUGAGGAGGAGGAGGAAGAGGAGGAGGAGGGGGAGGGGGAGGGAGGGGAGGGGAAGGGAAGCAGCAAGGUGGGGGUGACGCAGGUGUCGGUGCCUGCGGGGGUGUUUGGUGCGCUGGCUGGGAAGGCUGAGGAGAUGGCGAAGAGAGAGAGGGAGGCUGCGGAGAAGGGCGGGGAGCAGGAAGGGAAGGAGGCGGCGCUGGGGGCACUGGAGCGGUUCAAAAGGCAGAGGAAGCAGUAG